CGACCCGACCGCAAAAUCAAGCACCGGCAGGAUGCCCCACACAGAUCCGCUUGUUCACGUGAGCCGACAGAUCAAGCAUGACAGUCCGUCUCCGCACAGUGGUUUAUGUCGCUUGGCCUUAUAAUCUACAAGUGCUCGCCCUUAUCGAUCGUGAUACCGCUCUUACUCCUCGUUCAACAAGAUGGUCUUCACAAGCCCUUUCAAUGAGCCUAAGCUCACCUUCGACAUGAUUCCCGACAACAUCUCGUUAUUCGACUUCAUAUUUGAUCCUCGCUACGGUCGGGCCACCGCCCGCAACCCAGCCUUCAUCGACUCCAGCACCGGUGAAGAACGGUCGCUGGAGGAGACGAGGGUGAGGACCCUUCAUCUGGCGCAAGGAAUGUUUAAAGUUCUUGGAGACGGGAAGUUUGGAGAACAGAAGUUUAUUGGGACGUUCUAUCCGAAUUUGCUAGAGGUGCCGGCUGUCACUUGGGCUACGCAUCGAUUGGGAUGGACGGUGACGCCGGCGAAUCCGGCGUAUACGAGUGCUGAGCUUGCGUAUCAGUUGAAGCAUUCUGAAGCAAAGGCACUCUUUACUUUCUCUCCGAUGCUCGAGACGGCUGUUGCGGCUGCCAAGGAGGUGGGCAUCCCGGAAGAUCAGAUCUUCGUGUUGGACCAGGCACCGGGGUUCAAGAGUGUUCAGGAUUUGGUGGAUAUCGGUCGUAAGGAGAAGGAGCUUCCUGCUUUGAACUGGAGUCCUGGAGAUGGUAAGACGAAGAUGGCGUUCCUUAGUUACUCGAGUGGAACAACAGGUCUUCCCAAGGGAGUGAUGGUGUCCCACUACAAUGUCAUCGCCAACACUCUUCAGAUCGUGGCCUUCAAUGGCGGGUUCCACAAGGAGAAGACAACUGUACUGGGGCUUCUUCCUUUUUAUCACAUUUACGGACUUGUGGUCAUUCUCCAUGCCGAAUGCUAUUCCGGAAACACGGUCGUUCUUGUCCCCAAGUUUGAACUUGAGCCAUUUGUGAGCACGCUUGUCAAAUACAAGAUUGCUAAACUGUUUCUUGUUCCGCCGCUCGUCAUUCGCCUUGUCAAGGAUCCCUACGUGAGACCUGAGCAUCUGGCUCACGUGAAAGAAUGCUUCUCCGGCGCUGCUCCUCUCGGACCCGAAACCCAGAAAGCUUUAAGAGAUAAAGUGCCUGGUAUCCUUUUCCGUCAAGGGUACGGGAUGACGGAAACGGCCACAGUGGUGGUCUGUAGUCACGAAACAGAUCAGUGGGAUGGAAGUGCCGGAUCGAGUGUCCAACUACAGGAGCUCAAGCUUGUGGACCCUACCUCGGGUAAAGAGGUCACGGAGUACGACACACCCGGCGAACUGCUUGUCAAGGGACCUCAAGUCACGCUGGGAUAUUACAAGAAUGAGAAGGCGACUGCGGAGACGUUCUUGGAAGGAGGCUGGAUACGAACGGGUGAUGAAUGUGUCAUUAGGAAGAGUCCACAGGGAUUCGAGCAUCUGUUUGUCGUUGAUCGGAUUAAGGAAUUAAUCAAAGUAAAGGGAAUGCAAGUGGCUCCAGCUGAGCUUGAAGAAUGCCUUCUCGCACAUCCUAAGGUGGCUGAUGCUGCGGUCAUCGGUAUUCCUGAUGAACGUUCGGGUGAAGUUCCGAAGGCAUACGUCGUUCUUCAUAAGAACGUACCUCACACCGAAGAAACUAAGCGUGAACUUGCCGAGUGGGUACAGAAGCAGAAGGCUCGGUUCAAGAGGUUGCAAGGCGGAAUCGAGUUCUUGGAGAUUAUUCCAAAGACGGCGUCUGGGAAGAUCCUCCGCCGUGAACUUCGCGAACGUCACAAGAUGCAUGAUCUGAGGGCUAAGCUCUAGAUCUGAUGUGGAUUCGGUGUAGGUUGUUAUGCUCUUAUUUGUGUAAAAAAUACUGUAUUUUCAAUGCCUUACGUUAUCGUAACCUGAUUGUGUCCUUUGAAGAGAGGAGAAAACACCCAU